UGGUUCGCGUGACUUAGCCAAAUCAGUCCUGACUUCUUCGAAUGACAAUAUGACCUUCGAGCUGCUCACAUCAAUGAUAUAAUUGCCUUAUCUGCGGACUUCUCCCAUUGCACGAAUCCCGCGAUCUAGCCUGAUUAACGGCCUAGCCCCUUUACAGGUAAGCAUCGUGGCUUCGAUGGUUUAAAAGGCUGCCGAUUUUUGUUGGUAUUCCUGUGUCUCCCUAAUAUCUAAUAUCCACUCUGUAUCCAUCGUUCGCCAACCCAUAUGGCAACGUCUCCGGUAGCAGAGGUCAGUCAGCACCUCUGGGAUGAGACGCUGGGUAGACUUCUGAACCUGUCAUCGGCCACAAUUAAACGGAAUGCUGACCUCGAGAAUCGCUUAGCUGAACUCGAGGUCGAGCUUGCGGUCUGGAAACAAGCCCAUGCGACUGCUAUUGAAGGUGCAGACAGGGAGGCUAAGGCUCUCAAGGGGCGGUUGGCUUCUCUUAAUUCUCAGGUGGCAUCAAUGGAAACCUUCAUGAGUCAGAGUCUACUUGUCCUCUGCGUCAUUGAUGGGGAUGCAUGUAUAUUUAAUGACUUGCUCCUUAGGCAAGGUCACGAAGGUGGCCGCCAGGCCGCACAACAAUUGACGAGGGCAGUCGCGGAUUAUUUAACCAACGAGGACGUUCACGUUCUCGGUCGACUGUCAUUUUGGGUAACAAUUUACUUUAACAAGGCCAUACUGGCGAGUGUUCUCGAGCGACAUAAAUUAUGUAGCCCGGAGCAACUUGAUGCCUUCAUUAUGGGCUUCAGCCAGUCUUCACCUAGGUUUGUUUUGGUUGAUGUCGGAUACGGCAAAGACGCCACCUUCACGAAAAUUACAGAGUAUCUACAAACCUACCUGCGCUUCCCCCAAACCCAGAGAAUUUUCUUUGCCGGUGGUCAGGAAAAUACUUACGCUUCAACUAUUGCUGCCCUGCAAAAUGACGGACUUUUGGGCAAAGUCGCUUUCUUGGAAGCCUGCCGCGCAAGCCCUAACUACGCGCAGAAACACCGUUUGCCAAUUCUGACUGUGGACACAUUGUUCAUCAACCAGAGACUCUCGCCACCGUUGAGGACACCUCCACCAUUGAAUAUGAAUGGACUUAGUCCUACACUGACAUCUGGUGGAUUACCGACACCGCACUCGCCGCCCAGUAUCAGUGCUUCCUCGACGGGCAGGCUGGUGGACCCGACGUUACCCCUUCAUAAGCAUUCUCCCCCACCUUGUAAUGAAUUCUAUCUCAUGUCCUGCACUAAAGGCGGGGCUUGUAAAUAUUCGCAUGACUAUAUCCUGACGCCAGAUCAGCUGGCCACUCUUGCUGCUAACGCCAAAAAAGCUCCUUGUAAUUUCUUGAAAAAUGGUCUCCAGUGCCCAUACGGCGAGCGGUGCUGCUGGGGUCAUGUAUGCCCUAACGGUCCGAAGUGUUUCCACCUGAGUAAGGGCAAAUGCUGGUUCAAAGGCGGUUCGUGUCAGAACGUCAGAUAACGACCGAGUACUAACUGGAACGUUUUAUCUCCAGAAAGCAUGCAUAAUGUUUCGCCUCAUCUAUCACCUUAGUCUUCCUCGACCCAUGUUUGCAUGUUAUUGGUUUAUCUUAUGUGCCGCAUGGCAUGUACGAAGGUUUUAGCUUGACGUUUUAUCGCGUUAUCCUCUGCUCUUUAUGUGCUUACAACAUUGUAGUUCAUGUGUGGUUUUUUACAUGUUAUUGUAUGGAUCGGAUAUGGAUUAUUAUUUAUGGAUGUAAUCUAGAACACGGAUCUGUGGAAUAGUCAGCACUCUCUAGCUCCGCAUGUUCUAGAGCACAUACAUACAGGGACACUGGUCCGAGGAUGGU